AAUUGAUUAAUAGAAAAAAACAAUUACCCUAAUGCCGUCUUAAUGGCAUAAAAGAGCACUAUAAACUUUGAUGUUACCAUUUAACAGUGUCCAUUGAAUUAUUACAAUGACACUCAAACCAGUAACUCUUUUGAUAUUUUUGUUGGCAUCAUCCACAGCUUGGGAUUUCGAUUUGUUGGUGGAAACCAUCUACGAUCAUUUUGAAAGUUACGAAUAUGACGAUUCUGCUGAAUCAGAAAACUCUACCCAACCAGCCUCUACCACUUCUUCUGUAACGUCUUCAUCGACACCAUCUACCACUCCACCUUCACCUCCGACACCGUCUACAACUACUAUUCCACCGUCAUCUUCACCACCUUCUACAUCGGCGACUUCUCCCGUGGUAUUAGCAGCACCUGUUCCCGAUGCCGCACCGUCGACACGUAGAAAACGGGAAGUGUUGCACGCUGAAGAUGGUAACCAAUUUAAGCGACUGUACGAAAAUGUGCCGUAUCCGAGCAGGUAUGCGCCGAACUACCAAGGACCACUAUGGGAGUCGACAAACAACAAGGAGAAUCAUCGGGAGGCUAGGAAAUCUCAACACGUAGUUAAAGCGAAAAGCGGCGACUCCACCAAAGUAGAACUAAUCAAGCUACUUUUGAAGUUAGUUGAAGAGUCCGAAAAUGAGAAACCAAAACACGACCGCCCAAACGUUGUCCAAAGAAUUCUGAUCAAGAUGCCGCAAGUUCAACACGAAGUGAUCGACGACUCUAACCAAAAAGAUAGAGAAAAAUGCAAGUCUGACGAUAAAAACUACAUAACGUGCGUGACCGAUCGCAAAGUGGUGGAAACGGUCAAAAUUAACCCUGUAGAUCAUUCAGAGGUACGCAAAAUACACGAGAACAUAAAAGUUUCGAUUAUGAAAAACGAUAAACUGCCGCCAGAUACAAAGGAAGAGGCCAUAGAUAAGGUCUUUAAACACGAACCUUCCCAUGUAGGUCCCAUGAGCUAUGAGGAAGACGAUUACCAUCCGUAUCCUUAUCAUCAUAGAAACGACUACAAGGGGGAGAAAAAUAGAAGAAGACAUCGUCCCGAUUAUCUGUCUAGUAGAUUUAACGCAGAAGACGAAAAGAAGGACAGUGGAAAAGAAGCUCCUAGUACGCCCAAGAUGCAGAAAUGAGAUCACGUCGGAAAAUUUCUGUUUUCAAAAUUAAAUUCUUGCGUUUGUCUGUUUUUUUAUACCUACAUCUUACUAUGUCAGUCGAAGAAUGAGGAAAAAUAUAAUAAAACGGUUGUAACUAGUAA